UAGCGAUGGCCCCCUUAAACCUUACACUCAUAUAUGCCUCUCAAACAGGAACUGCGGAAUCCGUAGCUAAGGGAGUAUACCACUUUUUAUUGGAAAAUGAACUCUUUGACAGAGUCCGACUUUUUUGCGCUAGCGAACUGAACAAGAAGUUUUUCCUAGAAGAUUUGCAUUACACUAUCUUCGUUAUUUCUACUACGGGAGAUGGUGAUCCUCCCGACAGUGCAGAAGAAUUGUGGAAGGCAAUAAGUAGAGUUGAAAAGAAUAUUUUCUCCAAUGUACAUUAUGCAAUACUAGGCCUCGGAAAUAGUACAUAUAGUACAUUUUGUGGAGCUGCCAAGUUUUUAGAGCAACAACUAAGUAGAGGAGGUGCCGUCUGUUUCUUAUCGACUUGUAUGGCAGAUGAUGCGGUCGGGAUAGAAAUUUCGAUCUAUCCGUGGCUUGACCGUUUAAUUUACGAACUGAACAAAGUUUCUCAAGGAGAAAGCCAAAGUCUCGACAUCCCCACUCUCGCGCUUACUCGGGAUUUGGUGAACUUGCAAAUUACUGAUCUUCAAGUUCCGAAGUUUCCAUCUCCCUUUCUUUCUCUUAAAUUUGAUUUAAAUACUUCUGUUGAGGGGGAUUCCACCGAGUGGCCACGCCAAAAAAAAAAUUUCUUUAAAGCUUUUAUUAAAGAAGUGAAGACGAUCACAUCAAAGUCUGCAGUAAAAGUUGUGAAAAAGAUGGUCGUUUCCGUUGAGGAUCUACCUUGCCGCUAUAAACCCGGCGAUGCUUUUGGCUUUGUUUGUCGCAAUAAUAAAGAUGAAGUGAAUGCACUGCUGAGUCGUUUAAAUUUGACUUCGCUUGCGGAUCAAACUUUUACACUGCAGAUUCGCCCUAAAGCUUACCGAAGCGAACUUCCGAAGCAUCUACCACCGAGCGGGCACUCUCCCCGGUCGAUCCUGACAAACUUUGUGGAUAUUCGGCGACCCCCCAGGAGAACGACCUUGCGGGCGUUUGCGGAGUGUUGCGCAGAUCUACAUGAGAGAAGUCAGUGUUUGCUCCUUAGCAGUCCUCAAGGUCUUUUAGAGUAUUCCAGCUUGUGCCAGAGCUCUGGCGGAAGUUUGUUGUCUCUGUUAAGCAAGUGGCCGAGUAUGAACAUUCCGUUUGAGAGACUUUUGGAACUUUUACCUCCUUUAAAUCCGCGUUACUAUUCUGCCUGUAGUUCGCCAUUGGUCAAUCCUUAUCUUAUAGAGUUUGUCUUUAGUGUUGUUGAGUUUCCUAACACUUGUCCGCCUUUAAACAAAGGCGUCUGCACUGGUUGGCUUGAGCAAUUUGGAAAAACAAUUUCUAUUUCUAGACCUCUAACGGUUUUUUUAAGGCCUUCCAGAUAUUUUUGUUUGCCUGAUAAUUUGCGGACACCCAUAAUAAUGGUCUGCACCGGAACUGGGGUGGCCCCUUUUAUCAGUUUUCUACGUCAUCGCUACAGACAGCUCGUCAAUAGCGACCCCAACUGGGCGCACUCACAGUUGGCCCAGCAGGGGCACCACCAGUUUUCUUGGAGAGCACCUCCCUUGGCACCUCGCUUCGCUAAGAGACUGGGUCCCACAUGGCUUUUUUUUGGAUGCCGCACUUCCAAAGAUGACUUCUUAUUCAAAGCUGAACUGAAAUAUUUUCUGGAAUUGGAAAUUCUUACUAAGUUGACAACCGCGUUUUCAAGAGAAACCUCUGAAAAAAUAUACGUACAACAUAAACUGAGGGAGUAUGGGAAAGAAAUUGUUCAACUAAUGGAGCAGGAGGCUGUACUUUACAUAUGUGGAGAUGCGUCUCGGAUGAUUAAGGAAGUGGAGAUUGCUAUUAUUGAAAUUCUCAUGCAAUAUAAAGAAGUUACCAAGGAAGAGGCCAUGGAACAGUUGCUAAAGUGGAAUAGCACACAUAAAGUUAUUAGAGAUGUGUGGAUUUAGCUCGUUUUUAUUGAUUCUGCAUCUUUACACUUACGAACUUUA